GUACAGUGACUGACGACCCUUCAUCGUGGCUGCUGUAAAUGAGCGGGCACGAUUGGACUUAAGAUAGGGGUAAUCCCUGUCCUCUGAUGUUCUGGCGUCCUGCGACUCUCAGCUGUCUCCCUUUUCCAACACAGCUGCAUCACCUCCUCAGUGCAGUCAGGUUCUCCAGAGUCCUGCUAAACACCUCGUUAUGUGACUCAGCGUUGCCAUGACCUCCAGCGCCACUCUGCUCACCUGGUCCAGAUUCGGGUUCUGUGCGUCCAGAACCACCUCCUCCUCAUGCAGAGUCCUGGUCCGACCCGCCUGCAGCCGCUCUUGGUCCAGCGGAGUUAAGGUGCGCUCCUACCUGCAGUACGUGAAGCGGAAGCUCCGCCCCCCUCCCACCCCCCCCUAUAGCCACGUAUGCCAGGUGGGCGACCCGGUCCUGCGCUGCCGGGCCGCCGCCGUUGACCCGGCGGCCAUAGCGGGCCCAGAGAUCCAGCGGGUUCUGGUAACCAUGGUGACGGUGAUGAGGAGGCUGCAGUGCGUGGGUCUGAGCGCACCGCAGGUGGGCGUGCCGCUCCGCAUCCUGAUGCUGGAGUAUCCCUGGAACCUGUUUGAGGCGGUUCCGCCCGCGGCCCGGCAGGCCCUUGGCCUCUCCAUCCAGCCGCUCCGGAUCUUCCUGAACCCUGAGCUCCGGGUUCUGGACGGCAGCACGGUUCUGUCUCAGGAGGCCUGCGAGAGCGUCUCGGGCUUCUCUGCCGCCGUGCCGCGGUUCCGGUCCGUGGAAGUGUCAGGCCUGAAUGAGAACGGUCAAGAGGUCACCUGGCAGGCGAGCGGCUGGCCGGCCCGGAUCCUGCAGCACGAGAUGGACCACCUGGACGGAGUUCUGUUCCUGGACCGCAUGGACUCCAGAACCUUCAUCAACAUAAACUGGCAGGAGCACAAUGAGUAGCGCCAGCCGGCCCCGGGCACACGCAGCGCCGCAUGGCGCAGAGCUGGACCUGGUUAUGGUUCUGGUGAACCAAACCGGACAAAUAAAAUCUAUUUAAGAGUAAAUGAGCUGAAUCUGAUCUUCAUCAGACUAAGCACAAAAGAUGUUCUGGACUCAACCUGGUUCUGGUCCAGCUGGUACCGGAACGUUUCAGAACCAGAACUGAGAGCAGAUACUGAGCAGAGGUCCAGGUUCUGGAAUAUAAAACCCCCUGAUGGGUCCAAGGUUUUGUUGCCUUUCUUUGACAAACUGAACGUUUUUCAUCAACAGGAACCAGAGUCAUCAGAACCAUCAGAACCGACUGUGUGGAUCAGAAAUAAAGGAAUGUUUCUCUGAUUU